CCUUCUUUAGUUUACUACAAUACUAUAACAAAAGUACGUUAUAAACAACAGUAACUAAAUGACCUGUUUAAAUGUUUCCUUUACUUACCUUUUCAGUGGUCAUUUACAAUAAAUACAUAACUAAUUACACCGAACACUGACUAUAACUCAGUCAUGUGAAUUGAAGCCCUCUUAAAACCUUGAUAUGUGCCUGGCUUUCUUACUAUAAUUUUGUGUGUUGCAGUGUCUGUCACAUUCUGACAGGGUUGAUCUGAUCUUAAGAUGGCUGACAGCUGGUGGGAGAACUCAGAUUAUGAAAUUCUGGCAGAAAUCGGCCAGGGUGCCUACGGUAAAGUGUACAAAGCCAGAGAGAAGCGUGAGCAGCAGCGCCUGAUAGCAGUGAAGAGACUGAACAUCCCAGAAGAACCUGAGUCCGGCAUCCCUCAGUUCAUGAUUCGAGAAGUGGCUCUUCUGCGCAAAAUAGAGCACUUCAACCAUCCCAACAUAGUCAAGUUGAUGAGUGUUUCGGCAGGAUGGCAGAAUCAUAAGUUUGACAUGACGCUGGUGUUUGAGUAUAUCGAUCAGGAUUUGACCACAUUUCUCAGUAGAGCUUCAGAGAAAGGCCUCGCAAAGGACAAAAUAAAGGAUGUGAUGCGUCAGCUGCUCAGCGGACUUGACUUCCUCCACACCAACUCUGUCAUUCACCGGGACCUGAAGCCUGACAAUGUGCUUGUGAGCAGUCGAGGGGAAGUCAAGAUUGCAGACUUCGGUUUAGCCAGGAUAUAUACAUACCGCAUCGCCCUCACUCCAUGUGUUGUGACUUUGUGGUACAGAGCUCCAGAGGUCCUGCUGCAGUCCAGUUACAUGUCUUCAGUAGACAUGUGGAGUGCUGGGUGUAUCUUUGCAGAGCUGUUUCUGUUAAGGCCUUUGUUUCGUGGCUUCACAGAGAUCCAGCAGCUGCAGAAGAUCUUUGAAGUAAUUGGUUUGCCGGGUGAGGAGGACUGGCCCGUGGAAAGCCCAGUCUGCUACAGUCCUGCCUUGGUUGAGAAAAAGCCUGCAACACAAGUGCUGGCCUGCCUAACCCCUGAGGAGAAUGACUUAUUGUCUCAAUUUUUGGCAUUCAAUCCAGUUCAUCGCAUCUCUGCCUGUGGAGCUUUGGCCCAUCCUUACCUGGCAGUCCGCAACACUGAAGAUAAAUGACAGAUGAGUGAAGAAGGUGGAGUUACAUGAUUAGACUCCUCCCACAUCCAGUCUGGCGUGCACAGAGAGUUAUUCUGCCACAAAAUCUAUUAGAUAAUGACUUAAGUGAAGUGCAAUCCUUAACCCUCAGAUCACGCUUUUCCCUCCUAACUUCUUAAACUAAAGGCACAAGCAUUCUUGGUGGAGCUUCCAAGGCACAAGCAUUCUUGAUGGAGAUCCAUGUUUUUGCAUAGGUGAUAAAUGAGGAUUUGUAUUUUCUUAAUAGUGACUUAACUAAUAAUGACAUUUGUGUGUAUGUUACAGCACAGUUGGUUGUUUGACAGGUAAGUUUAAUGUUCCCAGUUAGUUGUUUUUGAGAGCUGACUUUUGAUAGUGUGGUCAUAUUUUGGGUUUGUUUGCCUUCAUGUGGAAGUGUUUUUAAAAGGCACGCCGUGUUUGAGGUUCUGAGCAAAUUGUUUGAAGUUUUGUGUUUUCUGUUGUUGAUGAAUUUGAGGUAAACACAAGCGAGAGCCAGUAGUGGCUUUGUUGUUAAACUGGCUGAGACCCUGAGUAGUUACUAUGAACUCCCAAAUAAAUACAAAUAUUUUACAUUCGAGUUUGAAUGUGCAUUUGACCGUUCUGUUAGUAAUAAAACUGCCAUUUAAACAUUGUUUGCUACUUAUCUUUGUGAUCACCAGUCAAGAAUUUCCAUUUUAUUAUUCUUUUAAUGAGCCAAUAUGACUACAAAGCGUCUUCCUGACCAUGUGUGUUGGGAGGUGGCCACAAGAGGGCAACCAUGCCAAAGUAAAGCUGCAUUUGCCGUUUCAAAAGCUCAUGGCUCAUGACAUCUGCUGUUCCCAAGAAUUCUAAUGCAGAGGGGUCAGCGAGUCCAUUAAUUAUUUACACUAAAUUUCCAUUUAGUUUAUAAUGUAUUA